AUGGGUAUCAUAUCUAAUUUUUUGGUGUUAUUGACUUGGAUUGCUUGUGGUGCUGCCAUUCUGCUUACUCUUAGGGCGUAUGAAUGCUACCUUAAAAAUACAAACAAUAUUAUUAUCCGCUAUAUGGUAUCACUAGUAAUUGCCGGAUCAAAUAUAGUUGCCCCAUUUUUAUUUGAUUUAUUUGCCAAAAUUGAGAAUUAUAAGGUUGGAACACAACUUAAACUUAAGUUAUUUAGAGUUAUGGUAAUGUACCUGUUGAACAUGAGCGUGCUAAUGUUUACAUUAUUUGGACUUACGCCGGUGGCAGGAACUGCCCAAAAUCCAUUAUUUUGUGGCAAUGUAACUAUCGGAUCGUCGAAUCCCCCUCCUUACCCAGAAUUUGAACUUGCUAAGAGCGUGCUGCAGUUGAUUUAUAGUCAAGGCUUAGCUUGGUUAGGCGUUUUUUUUGCUCCUGCACUUCCAGCACUCGCUAUGGUAAAGUGUGGAAUAAUAUUCUACGUUCGUGGAUGGUCAGUAAAGACUGUUAACAUAGCGCCAAGCAUCGUUGUAUCUCCAGAUUGUGGACCAUACAGGCUGAUCGUAUUAUACUUUCGUGAUUUGUCAGCGAGCUACAAAACUCUUAGUAAUGACUUAAGAGUACAAUUACAAAAGGCUGUGUCUAGCGAUACAAGGAGAUUGCUUGCGAUUCAGAAUAAGCCAUACUAUGGCGAUCGUUACAGAACUGUCUCUUAUUUAGAUCAAGAUCGCAUACACGUGGCGGAUAAUAAAUUGGGGCCAUUUUCAUAUCAUUAUCUGCAUACAGAGAAACUUAGAAAAAGAGAGCUUUCAAGUAAUGCAAUAAGACAAAAGAGUAAAGUAUCAAGCCUAGUUGCUAUCGAUGGAAGAUAUUUACAAUCUAAUACACCAGCGAGUGAUCAACAGGAUUCCGAAAAUUUAAGAAGUUCUCUGCAGAUAGAUUUUCAUUCAUUCGGUGGAAAGGGUUCCGCUUUGAACGACAUAAGUAGUGGUGAACGCUUGUCAACUACUCCACCGUUUGAUACACCAAAUACCACGGUUGACGAAACCCAAAUUAGCGAACCUGUACAAGCAGAUCAAAUAUCCAUAACGACUAAUCGUAGUUUAUCCCUAACUGAAUCAGCUAUGGAUCCUAAUCGAUCGGGAGAAAAUACUAAAACUGAGUUAGCUCAAGCAAAGACGUCAUCUUCGUCUCACUCACUAAAUGACUUGAUGACUCGAAUGAAAAAUAAUCCUAGCGAUCUCACAAGAGAAGAAAUGCAACGUGUAUUAAAUUCCUUGCCCACGAAUGCUCGACAAGCAGUAUCUGAGAUGUAUUAUAAAUAUAAAGCCAAAAUGCGGAAAUAA